GGGAUGAGACAUUGUAGCACCGUGAGUGGCGGAGAUAAGCCACCGAUCAUUUGGAUGUUGCGACUCAAUCCGCGUUCUCCAUCGGUCGGUGGCGCAUCGUAUUAACUCGCCCAGAAAGGAUGACUUCUGCUGUGUGUGCGGCGACGGUGCUGGUGAUCCUUUCGUCGGUCCUAGCCCCAACUCAAGGUUGGUUUUCGAACGAGUACUUCUGCCAAUCGCGGGGAACCGAGUGCCAAAUCGAGGAGCUGGUGCUGGAGACGGAUGCCGCCAUCGGCGACGCCCGGUUUGGUCCGAUCAAAGGAUCCCUUCUGGUCGAGUCGGGACGCAUACCGCACGUCACGCGUGCCCUGCUGAAGAAGUGGCCGGACGUGAACGACUUGACGCUGGACCGACUGGGAGUCCAGAGUUUGUUUGUCGGUCCGAAACUCAUGCACCUGUCGGCGGUGGGGAAUGCCAUCGAGUCGUUGGUGGUGGACAACGACGAUAACGGCACCUCGUUCGGUCUCAGGACGCUGCAGCUGUCGAACAAUCGACUCACGGCCCUGACGGUGGUCAGUCGGUUCGUGCAGCUCCGGGUCCUGAAUUUGGACCACAACCAGCUCACCACCCUCGACCUGGGGGUGUUCGGCAAACUAGCCGAACUGCGGGUGCUGUCGGUGGCCCACAACCAGCUGACCACGGUGGUGCUCGCCCCGCAGAGCGCUCCGCUACAGCUAGACAAGCUGCGCAGCCUGUCGUUCGCCGGAAACGAUCUCAUCGCACUGGACAUGCAGCACUGGGAGUUCGCAUCGUUGGCGGACCUGAACCUGACCGCGAACGGGCUGAACUGGGUGGAGGGAAAGUUGGAUCAGUUCCCGGCCCUGGCGCACGUUGAGGUGGCCCGCAAUCGCUGGAACUGUGACUGGCUGUUGGUGCAGAACCUAUACGCAAUGGAAGUGCCGGAUCAGCGCUUUACGCUCGACCAGGACCCGGCCGGACGCUGCGAGGAGGAAAAGCUGACGCGCAUGGGCCGGCACUGUUGCACCUCGGAGAAGGUUGCACCGGGCGCGAUGGACGUGUACGACAGCAAGUGGUCCGAGAUUGGCGCUCUGUCGAAGAACAUCACCAACCUGAACCGCACGCUUCUGGAGAGUGCCAACGCCACCGUGCGCUUGAUCGAGGCACACCACAACACACUGUCCGGUCGGCUCGAGGAUCUGCUGGAGCGUCAGAACCGGACGGACACCGCACUCAAGUCGUUGGCCGUGACAGUCGACGAACUAAAGGACGACGACGUAAGCCGGCUCGAGUCACGGAUGAGGGACCAGAUCGAACAGGUACGGGACGCGAUCAACGAGCGCUGGAAUGGCACACAAUUGGCGGACGCAAACACAACCUUGGGGAGCAGCUGGCACCAGACCAGCGUGGCGCACGAGACGGCCCUGAAGGAGCUUCGGGGACUGCUGCAGCAAAGCACGCAGCAAAUGCAACUCUACACCGAUAAGGCCUACAAACAGCAGGCCGUGCUGGAGCGACAGUCGAAGGACAUGGACAGCAUUCGGGAGCUGCUGGACCGAGCCGUCGCCCAGAGCAGCACGCUCCAGGCACGUGUCACCGAAAAACUCGAACGGAAGGUGGAAGCCCUGCUCGAAUUCCUCGCCCAAAUAAGCGAAGACAACGGCGAAUCGAACACGGAUUUCUUGUGAAUCUUUUUCGUUUAUUAAUAAACUUGUCGUCGGUUAGUUAAAGCGCCGGGUCAGCUCGAUCCAUUCGCUGCCCCACUGUGCCA